GCUGCCUGCCUUCACAAUUUCGGCCCAUAACGUUAGAAUUUUUCUGCCCUCUCUCUCUCUCUUUCUCUCUCUCUCUCUCUAAAAUACACACACUGUUUUCCCCUUUUCCUUUCUCCCCACCGUAUGUGUGUCUGCUUGAUUGAUUGAUGUUAUUGUAGAAAAAUUCUGGUUAGUCUUAGUUGUAAAUUAGAUUUCAGGGUAAAAUUAUUGCUGCUGUGUCUGCCGGAGAUGAAAUCGCCUCUGGGGAAGCUGAGAAGAUUGGGGCUGAAUAAGGGCGAGCCAGAGGAAGAUUGGGAUCACCAUAUUUCGGUGCAUGUAGAUGGCUUAGCUCAAGCAGCAAAGGAUAUGAAAGACAUGAGAGCAUGCUAUGAUGGCUUACUUUCUGCUGCAGCUGCUUCAGCAAAUAGUGCUUAUGAGUUCUCAGAGUCGUUGAUCGAGAUGGGGAAUUGUCUAUUGGAAAAAACUGCAAUGCAUGACGAUGGAGAUAGAGGAGGUGCAAUAUCAUUGUUGGGGAAAGUGCAGCUUGAACUUCAGAAACUUGUUGAUAGCUAUCGGUCACAUAUUAUCAUGACAAUAACGCAUCCAUCAGAAUCUCUCCUGAGUGAACUACGUAAAGUGGAGGAGAUGAAAUUGCAGUGUGAUGAGAAAAGAGAAAUAUUCGAGUACAUGUUGGGACAAUUUAGAGAAAAAAGAAAAUCAAGACAUGCAAAGGGGGAAACUUUUACCUCAGAGCAAUUGAAGGCAGUUCGUGAAGAAUAUGACGAGGUUGCAAGGCUGUGCAUUUUUCGUGUAGAAUCACUGAAGCAAGGGCAGUCCCGGAGUCUAUUGACACAGGCAGCUCGUCACCAUGCGGCACAGUUAAACUUUUUCCGGAAAGGACUACAAUCUCUCGAAGCUGUAGAGCCACAUAUAAAGAAUGUUGCAGAAAAGCAGCACAUUGACUAUGAGUUAAUUGAAUUGAACGAUGGAGACAGUUUUCAGACUAAUGAUGAUGGAGAACUAAGUUUUGACUAUACCCUGAACAAGAAAGAGAUUGAAAAUACUACCACAUCAAGGAGUUCAAUGGAGCUAGAUCAGAUGGGUGUAUCAAGUUCCCAAACAUCACAGGUGAAAAAUCUUGAGAUGCAGCUAAGCUUUGGCAGAAACCAAGGGGAUGUAUUCUUUAGUGAACAACGUAGAGCAGUUAAUAGUCAUUCUGCUCCAUUAUAUGCUGAGAAGUUUGACCCUGGCGAAAGAAUGAGAGAAAUGAGGAAUUCUGCACAGAAAUAUAGUAGACAUGUGCUUCCCACUCCUGAUGAUGCAAAGGGUUCAAUGAAUAGCUCUCCAUCCCUAUCUAGUACCAAAAGCCUCGGUGGGAGCUCAAAAAAUCUAUAUCAUUCAUCUCCACUGGACAUUGAGAAGCAGAAGAAAAUUGUAGAGGGCCACAUAUCUGCACGCAAUCUUCCAAAAUCUCAGGUGCCUGCUGACGAUAACAGCAACAAGAAGCAUUUUCUCCCUCUACCCCCUUCUGUCCCGCAGUUGGACACACGAAGUGGGUCUGAUAACCAAAAGAUACAAAGGCAAGCCUUUUCUGGUCCGAUAGUGAGCAAAUCAUAUAACAAGCAGUCACUUGUACCCACCAGUGGACCUAUCAGCUCUACAGAAGUUUCAGGGUUACAUGGUUCUGUUUCUGGCCUUCAGCCACCAGUGUUGAAUGUGUCUCAGAAUGCUCCGCCUCCACCAGUAUCUUCUCCCAAAAUAAGUGAGCUUCAUGAGCUCCCUAGACCCCCUGAGUACUUUGGCUCCAAGGCCAUGCAAUCUGCCGGGGCUAUCGGACACUCAGCUCCUUUAGUCAGUAGAAAUCGAGAAAUAUCUCCUACGAAUAGGAAUCGAUACGUUUCAUCAAAAGAAGGGUCCCCACUCCCUCUCCCGCAACUAACUGUCUCCAGAAGUUUUUCUAUACCCUCUAGUAGUCAGAGAGCAACGGCAUUUCAUCCAGGCAAGGCACUGGAACCCUCUCAAAUUGUCCAGAGGACGGAAAAAUUACCUUCUCCCCCAUUAACACCUAUAUCAUUAUCAAACAUGAAGUCUCCAAACUCUGGACGGAUAGGAGGCUAAGUGAAUGAUUUUGGCGGUUAGGUCUUCUAUUAUUUUAUUGGCUCGAUCAGUAUAAUGGAAUGUCGAGUUUCACUUGUCGAUUACACAUUUGGGAUUGUGUCACUCCCAAUCUAUUUGUUUCCUCCUUGCCAUGUAUGGAAGAAGGGGGGGUGGAGUUCUGAAAGCUGUAGUGAUGUGAAUUUUGCUUGGUACUGCUUUUGACGUCAACAUUGUAGCUAUUGGUAUAUAAUGUUAAGAUAUAUUAGGGGAAAGAAAAAGGAUUGAUCUCUUGUGAGAUAAAUACCAUCUGAAUCCAAAGCUAAAAUUUUAGUGGAUGCAGGUGGCGGCUGAAGUAACUUGCACCAGCCCUUCAACAAGUCGCAGUUUUAUGGAUUUAGGAUCCUGCGAUAUUUUACUGGGUGAAAGUUUGUAUAUACUCUUCUUGUUUUGCUCUAGCUAACAUUCAAUUCGGUCAAAAUAACGUUUACUCCCUGCUGGUUUGCUUUCUCUACUUUAUUUCUCCCAUUUUAAUUUUUCCAUUUCUUUGGGUUGUGGGGGUUGGUUUCUUACGGUGGUGUGGGUUUGUUUAAGGCUGUUAUAUUUUCAUUUUAUUUAAAGAAUCUUGAAUUGCCAUACAACUUUGAAGGGUAUGCUUUAUUUUGUUAGGAAAGUAAGAUGCAAUGUUUUAACAUUUUGCAAGUUUUAAGUGUUUGAAAAAUUGAGCUUCUAAGAGAUACAUAUUUUGUUAAAGAGAGAAGAAGUUGGAAAAUGGAUGGUUGUUUAUAAUAAGAUAAAAUAAAUUGGAAGUGAAGACUUUUUAUUUUGAAAAGCUUAUAAGUUGUUGAAUUUAUUUGUUCCAUUUGUAAGCGAUUUAAAAGCUUAUAUGUAAAUAACUUAUAAGGUGAAGGUCAAUCAAACACUAGUAAUAAUUUUGGUCUACGGUAGUUUAGUUUUUUUACAUAUCAACACAGUCCACGUGGCGUCCUUAUAUGGGCCGGCCGACACAGUUAAGAGUCGUAUACAGUGAGAACUCCACCAUCACCAUGUCUAUAGACUAUAAUGACAGUGAGAAUAUUCAACUGCAAUCUGAAAGAUAAAACCUGAAAUCUUAACCUCUUUUGAUCAUCAAUUUCGCUCUCAAAUCGCAGUGAUCGGAAAUUCCAAAAUGACUUAUCACAGCGUGCCGCAGGGACCACACCAUCCUCCACCAGGGCACGCCCCCCCACACCAUCCGCCUCCACAUCAUCACGACGCACCGCACCAUCCUCCACCAGGGCACGGGCCCCCACACCAUCCGUCUCCGCCGCCCCCUGGGCCAGGACCUUACCAAGGAUACUUCAAUCCUGGCCACGCUCCCCAUCCGCCUCCGCCUUCUCACCACCAUCACGAUGAUCAUCAUCACUCUGAUUCUGGCUGCUGUUCCUUCCUUCAAGGCUGCUUAUCUGCGCUUUGUUGCUGCUGCAUAUGGAGACAGUGUUGCCGCUGCUGUUUCUGAGUGUACAAAGCAAAGCGUGCUUAUUUGAUGUCUUUGGUUUGCACCUUAUAUCAGUAUCAGUUUGCUGGUGCAGAUCUGGUGAAACUCAGACCUAUUGUAGACUACAAUGAUAUAAUUGUAUGAAUAAGCUCUUUACUACCCUUGUAGUACAAGUAUAGUCACGAGUAAAUGUGGACAAUGUUGGUGAAACCUAAGCUUACUAGACUGGAGUAUAUUGUAGUAACCCUUUGUUGUACUUGUAUUCGUAUCUCCUAGUGAAGAAAUUAUUCCACUCUUUGUUGUA